AUGUUUAGAAUUAUUUCAAUUGUAAAAUUUCUUUCAAAACAUAAUUUAGCAUUCCGUGGAACAAAUGGAAGAUUAUUUGAAAAUAACAAUGGAAACUUUUUGGGUUUAAUUGAAAUGUUGGCAGAUUUUGAUCCAAUUGUUCAAGAACAUUUGAGACGUAUUACAGAUGAUGAAAUUCAUCAUUAUUAUCUUGGUCAUACUAUUCAAAAUGAACUAGUUCUUUUACUUGCUUCUACAAUUAAAAAUGAGAUCAUUAAAAAUAUUGAAGAAUCGUUUUUAGGGUUUUUAAAUGUGAAUGAUACAACUGGGCAAAUGAUUUUUGCUGUGUUACAAAAUGAACUAAAAUCACUUGAUCUUGUUAUAGAUAAUAUAAGAGGACAAGAUAAUGUAAAAGGACUGUCUCUAAAACCAUUGUCAUCUACCCGUUGGGAAAGUCGUGUUGAAAGUGUUAAAGCGAUUAGAUUUCAAAUUUCACAAAUACAAGAAGCUCUAUUAGAAAUAUCAGAAAUUGAUAAUGAUUCUAAAAUAAGAAGUGAAGCUAAAUCAUUAGCGACAAAUGAGCUUGGUGAUUUUGAGUUUUUGGUAGUAAUAGUUAUUUGGUUUGAAAUACUAUAUGCAGUUAAUUUGAGAAACUGGUUUUUCUAA